UUGAGAGCAUGAGAAAAUGGUAACAGUGAUGAUGGUGUAAUGAAUCAGGGUUAGGAAAACACGAGGACAGGAGAUGACCUCUAACAAUCUGGACGCUAAUGUUUAAAGACGAUUUGAAACAUCCACACAUCUAAACGUCUUUUCGAGCAAUAACUUGAGAUGCUUUUCAGGAAAUUACACGUGGACAAAUUAUGAUAUAGAAGGUCGCUGAAGAUUUCAUCCGAUGAAACGACCAGAGGGAGUUUGUUGAUGAAUUCAGUCGAAUAUUCAAGAUGGGUUUCGCAGAGAUGAUGAAGGUGAUUGAGAGCUCACAGAAUGUGAAUCCAAACAAGCGAAAUGUUUACAACAAGAAACCAAUAUCAAAGGAGACGAACCGAUCGACGGCUUCCACGGCAAAAACAAACAUUGGCGACUGGGUCACAACUUUGAAACUGACUAACGAUGAUUACAAAGCAGGUCCGCAAUUGGUUCCUGUUCUCUCGGGAAAGAUCGGAAAUAUUCCGAGGUUGAAACGGAGAGGGAGUCCAGAUUCGGCGCGAACAGAAAUAUCGAUGCUCUCAAUAUCGAGCCGCGGGAGUCCGGCACUAGUCAGGGAGCGGAUAAAUGUUCGCAGGCGGCGUACGACGCGACCAGAAAAACGUCUGGACUGGGAGACAUUUCUCCGAGCGCGGAAAAUACUGAUAGAUGAGUUGCUUCAGAACGAUGGUGAAGAUAAGGACGCGGAUAUGUUUUUAGAGUCGAUAACGUCAUUACCUAGUGACAGCAUUGAGAGAUCGUCAGUGGCCCUUGACUGUUCUCAACAUGUUCCGCCUAAAAUCAUUUUGGACAAAGCUUGUCUCUCUCCAGUUAUCGAAUCCGCAUCGAAGUCCGAAGCUCCCAGUCCCGAUGAGGUUAGUCUACCCGAAUUGAGCUCAGGAAGGAAUGCGACACCGACCAAAGGGCAUAGGAGUUUACCUGAGUUGAACUCCGCUAAAGAAUCGAAUCAUUCACACGCACAUACACAAGGCAGGGAUUCUCCGACGUACCGUUUCCUGUCUUCCGUGUCUCCGACCAGCAUGUGCUUUAGUAGUCCUUGUCCAAGUCUGAAACACAACAAAGAGGGCGUCCCAGAUUUUGAGAGGCAUGUAACUUUGAAGGUCAGGAAGAGAAUCCUCAUGACUACAUUCGAACUGAAUCGAAUGACCGGUUACGGUGACCCAGACAGCGUGUACGUAGCAUCCGCAGACAGUGACUGGCUAAGGUUUACGGAUGAGGAUUACUCAAAAAUACCAAGGAUUCCACAGCGAUUCCGGGUAGCUCCGCAACUCAGCAGAGUGAUACGACAGGACAUCCGGUAUAAAACAGGUCGACCUUGCUACAGGAAGUUAAAAGAAAGAGACCUUAGUGCCUUCGAAAGGGAAAAAUUAAAAGAAAUGACAGAAGAGACAUUUAAAGAAUUGUGUAUUUUUCAUUGGUUGGUAGACAUCGACGAAGACAAAUUUGAAGAUGUUGGGUCGGAAAUCGUGGAGCAAAAAGAUAGACCGAAGACUAGGAGUGCAAGUCAGAGACGAAGUUCUUUGGCUUAUUACACCCAAAUAAACGACAGUGAUAUUUUUGACGUUGGUAUCCCCAUGUAGGACGGUAUCACAAGCAAGCGUUGCCCAAUCACUAACUGGAUGAAGUCCAAGUAAAUUGUUUUUAAUAUGUAUAAGAACAAAAAAUACAUGUGGUACAAUUUACACUGCACACCAUAGUGUAAAGGAUAGAUGGCAUAAUUAUGGCCAAGCUGUCGGCUACCCAGUCACCUUCCAUUAUCCCUGAUGUUUAUUCUCAAUUAUCCGAAGCAAGAAAGCGAGAUGACCGUAAAUUCUCUUGUAACACACGGUCCUUGCAAACAGAGGCUCUAUAUCCUCCCUAACAUCUCCUGAAUCCUGGUUCCGAUGGUGACAAUAGACAUGAUAAAUUGACUUGACUUCAUCAGUAGAAAUACUUGAUGGCUCUGGGUACUUCGGAUAGAAUUUUGGCCUGUUUUGGUGGGUUUUGUUUUUUAAGGGACGCCCUGUAUAUCUAACAUCGAUAUUCUCAUACUGUUUUAAAUUUAUCAUAUAUUUAACAUCGACAUCUUUAUACUCUGUCCGGGCAGAUUGCGCUUAAUCGCCACAGCCACGAAAGACCCCUUGUCGGAUUUUCUUUGAAGUUUUUUAUAACGGUCCACAUACACCGCUUCGAUCGCCGAGCAGAUUUUGUAUAUUUACUGAGUCCGUCGUAGAUGUCAAAUUUACCCGAAUACUAGAAUAGGGGCGAUUGGAUGAUUGUGCUAUUCAGUCUUCAGUAAAGAGGCCUACUGGAAAUCCUUGAUUCGGAGAGUGACACAGUGAUAGCAACAGGCCUAUUUUCUAACGGCUGCGUGAUUCGCUUCCUUCGCAUUCUUCUCUGUGGACGAAUGAACAGUUGUCCUAAAGUUGAGCAAGAUGGGAAUUGAAUGGAAUAAGAAAUCGGUACAAUCACUGU